GUAGAAGGAAAGAUUUAGGAAGCGAAACAGAGAAAGUUACAUUGAAAUGUUUAGCACGUGGAUAAAAGAUGUACGGCAUAAGCAAGUGUCUCUAACGACGGAAAAAACCCAGAAGAUGAAAAAGAAAACAAACAAAAAUAAUAAUGAAGAACCGAAAGAAUCGGUGGACGAUUUGGUUAGGAAAUGUUUUUUUUUUUCAUAUAUUGUUGUUAGUAAGUCGGGCGCCUGACCACUUGGCUCUGCACAUGUCCUGCCCAAUAAAAAUAAGUCCUUCCAUUAAAAAUCAUUUUGCGCAAUACCUUUUGCGUAACGUUUCUGGCGUGACACCCUAGUUACUAUGAAGGCCAUCUGUCAUCUGUCAAUCGAUCGUCACUUGACAUGAUGACUUUAUUUGAUGACUGCCUGACAAAUAAGCCCUGAGUGGGCGCAUAUGAUUGCCAACAUUCACUAUGAAGAGCAAGUUCAAGAAGAUUUCGCCGAGUUUAAUGUUCAGUUCAUGGAGCGACGGGAAAUCUUGCAAACGUCACGUGAUACGCUUGGUCCCAGUUUUUUAACGCUCUCGAAAGGAAUUUCUCAUUGAACUAGAUUAAUCUUUUUGCGCCCGUGCAAACCACACACAUGAUCUUCUAGGCAACACUUCGGUUCAAAGCUAUCAAAUCUACUGAUUUAUCGAAUCAAAGGGGUGUUAAUUUUCAACCACUGGUCUGGCAAGAUACGGCAAGAUAUACUCAAAACUCUUUUGUACUUAUUUACGAUGUAUGUAUUUACGAGUAAUGGAAAGGUAAUUUCCGUACUUACACACAUACAAUACCAUAUAAUUCCCACAGCUAGAGUGUUGUUUAGUUUGCGUAACAAGUGAGAGUCAUUAAGACCGGGUUUGUUACUGUCUACAUUUGCUGAAACUUAGAAUCUUUAGUUACUAGAAAGAUGUCUCGAAGCUUAGAUGGUAUCUGUAUCGCUGGGCAAUAUUUGAGGUCACGUCAAAAUAGUAGUUAUUUGACGAUUUGCUGCAGUUAAUCGUGUUCCUUGUUAAAUGUUAAAAUUCACGAUUGGUUGAUGUUACUAGACACGCCCGAAGGUACAACACUAAGCACUAAUGCUGCUGGUAAUACCAUCACACAAGGAGGAUCAGUAGCAUUCACUUGUGAUGUCACAGCAGCUCAGCCACAAGUGUCAUGGUACAAGUUCUAUUUGAACGAUACAACUCUCGUCAAAGGCAGUAAUGGCAAUCAAUACACCAUCAACAAUGUACAGCGGUCUCAGCACCAUGGCAAGUACAAAUGUGUACCAAGUAAUGAUGCUGGAGAUGGACUAGAGGCCAGUGUGACACUUAACGUAAAUGUUCCUGUCCAGUUUACCGUCUUGCCGCAAAACCUAACAGUAAAUGAAACAAACUCUAUUAUUUUGAGCUGUGAUGCCUUAGGUUUUCCUGAACCUUCUUUCACAUGGACAAAAGAUGGACAAGUUUUGUCUCAGGCAAAGCAACUGGGAAUUCAAAGAAGUCACAGAAAUGACGCUGGAAUGUAUGUGUGUACCUCAAGUAAUGGAGUGGGACUAGACAAAAGAGCAAAAGCCUAUGUUACAGUACAAUUCCCGCCGACGAUAAAAGAAGCCACUACAUCCGCUUCUAAGUCUUGGAUUGGUCAGACAGUGACGUUGAAGUGUGUAUCAGAUGGUGUUCCUACACCAGCACUCACCUGGUACAAACCUGAUGGAAGUAAAAUAGACAGAACCACAGAUACACAGAGCAUAGUGAAAGUGAAGAUGAACGUGGAUCAAGAUUUUGGUGGUUUCAAGUGCGAUGGUGACAAUGGACUCAAUUCUACUGAUUUCAAGAUGGUGAAAAUAGAGCAAAUAAAGAUGCCGGGGUCCCCAGCCAUCACACAGUUAGACAUUCAAGCCACUUCAUUAACAGCAACAUGGACUGCACCAGUUGAUGAUGGAGGGAGUCCUAUCACAGCAUACCGAGUGGUCAUACUAAAGGGUAGCACGGAGAUAAAGAACAAGAAUAUAACUGACCCUGGUACAACGAGCUGGAAUUCGGGAGGUCUCGAGAAAAAUACCGAGUACACGGUGAAGGUGUUUGCGAGAAAUGCUGUGUUUGAGGGACCUGCUUCAGAAAGGGCAGUGAAGACUAAUUAUGAAGGAGUCCCUUCAGCAGCGACAAUUGAUGAUCUGCCAAAUAACGUAACAGAUGAUGCAAUUACUCUGAAGUGGAGUGAACCCGAAAAUAAUGGAAAAAUAAUCACACAGUACACUGUGUAUCAACGAAUAGUGAUUGAUGAUAAACCAGGAGAGUGGAUCAGAUUAAAGACAAUUACAGAUGUCUCAGUUAGAGAAUUGACAGUUGAGUUGGAAAGAGGCAAGGUGUAUGAAUUUGUGGUUACUGCAACAAACGAAUUUGGUGAAAGUUUGAAAGAAGAUGGAAAGAUCACGAGAGUCAAAGCAUCAGGAGUACCACCCACAAUUACCUUUAAAAGCAAAGGUAAAGUUGCUAUUGUUGAGGGAAACGUACUUUACUUGUUCUGCGAAGCCGAGGGCAAUCCUACACCACUUGUUACCUGGAGAAAAAGUGGUAGGGUGCUCCAAAGUAGCAUCAGCAAAACAGAAUUAAUCAUCCAGGAUGCAAAUGAAAAUGACGCUGGGAUUUAUGAAUGUGAAGUCUCAAACUCAGUAGGAACCAUGACCUACACAGUGGAGGUUGCAAUCAAAGGUAAAGUAACUUAAUACCGAACAUCACUGUUUACAAGCAACGUACAUAACAAAUAUCAUUUUUCAACUUUGUCCAAAUACCCUACCUCCCUCAUUUUUUCUGUAAGUAAGGAGUAGUGCGCCCAACCGUUGUGCGGUAACAUUUUCUAGCAUCAAUUACUGAUGCGUGCACGUUACAUUUUAACGAAAAGAGAACUUGGUAACGACAUUUAUUGAGUCAUAUAACAGUACAAAAA